UACCUUUCAAAAUUGUACCCAUAGAGACGCUUAUGCGAAACCCACACAGGUUUCUAAGGUGCCUGUCUUGAAUAGGCGACAACUGCAGUCCUGCGAAAACGCGGGUUCCCAGGGUACGGGUGCGGCGAUCCCCGCGAAAAAGAGUCAGUCAGUUGGGGUACGAGUACUCACCUUCCUACGGGUCACCAGGAGUCAAGCACGACUCCUCUUGACGUCUUGGUCCAACAGACAAUGGAUCCAACCUUUUCGAAGUCCAAUGCCGCCACCAGCGCUGCCUCACAAUAAAAUCCACAACCAGAAUUUCAAAAAUCUAGCUUGGAGGAAGCCUAUAACACCAAGGAACCAAGUCUACUCAGAUUGUCUGAAACAAUAGAAAUACCAGCUUUUCACGGAAGCGACCUUAGUAUUCCAGUAGACAGUCGACACCCAUCGGGUACUAUGGUCUGCGAACCCUUACACGUCGCCCCAGGGAUUUGCGUAGCCAGAACUCUGGUAGACAUACCAAACGACACAUAGAGAAGUCGCCGGACAAUCGCGAUUAGAAUAAUCAAUGUUUGUCCGUCGACUCAGACGAUUCGGAAAAACACACCUAUUUCGAUACUGAUGAGCGCCAGCACGGAAGAGAUCAGCCAAAAUCUUCUUUCAACGCAAGUCAAUACAAUUAACUGCAGCAGUAAAGUUUCAGCAAUAGGUUUUGAAGACGACAACGGAACGUCAAUGGAAAAAUACCUAAAGGGUAAAGAGUUCCAGUAUAUAGAAAUCCAUGAGCUUCUGGAGGAAUUUAAAGAUAUUUUUGCCGAGAAAGGAAAACCUUUAAAAGCAACGUCCCUAGUCAAGCAUAGGAUUGACACAGAAGAUAACCCACCAGUUUAUAAGCUACCUUGUCGUAUACCAUUAAAGUUACAGCAAGUAGUAAGAAAACAAGUCGACGGGUUACAUGGCGGUAAUUAA